UACAGGAGAUGACCAGAGACUGCGGACAGUACAGGAGAUGACCAGAGACUGCGGACACAGUACAGGGGAUGAUCAGAGACUGCGGACACAGUACAGGGGAUGACCAGAGACUGCGGACACAGUACAGGAGAUGAUCAGAGACUGCGGACAUAGUACAGGAGAUGACCAGAGACUGCGGACACAGUACAGGAGAUGACCAGAGACUACGGACAGUACAGGAGAUGACCAGAGACUGCGGACACAGUACAGGAGAUGACCAGAGACUGCGGACAGGGGAUGACCAGAGACUGCAGACACAGUACAGG